AUGAACAACAUCACAUCAAACGUGGUAAACGAUAUUGAAAUAAAACUUCUCAUCUCCUUUGCAUCAUUGCAAGUUAUUGUAGGCUCGACGGCAAAUCUUCUUGUUAUCAUCUUGUUCGCAACACGGAGCCAGUUACGUCGCAAAAACUCAGAUUUGCUAAUACUUCACCUGGCUUUGGCAGAUUUCAUAUCCCUCUCGGCCUUUUUACCUUGGAAUAUUAACCUCACCGGAACGGCUGUAUUGAUGGUGGCUGUGGACAAAUUCGUCGCGGUGGUUUACCCAUUAAGGUAUGCAACGAUUGUAACCCGAGCGAGGACCUUGUUGAUGAUACUUGGAUCAUGGCUCGCGGCUACCGCGUUGGUCAUUGCUCAUUUCUUUGACGCCCUAUCCUCACGGCAACAUCAUGAUAUAUUGGAUAAAGCACUCAGUGCUCUUGUUUUAACAAAAAUGCUAUUUGUUGCCGCCCUCUAUGCAGUGGUUUUUAAAGCUGUAAGAAAUCAACUAACAGCGCAGGCUAGCCGCAUCUUCAACUACCCAAAUUCGUCACAGAUCAGCGCGAAACGAGAGAGGGUAGAAAGUAUUUUUGUCAAAUCUGCGUUGAACACAUUCAUUGUCGUGUGUCUAUUUUACGCGACGUACUUGCCGUACGCUAUUCUCCAAAUGAUGUCUAAUUCAGACUUCAUGACAUGGCGAAAACUAUUUUCAUUUAUCUAUAUCAAUGCAUGCAUCAAUCCUUUUAUCUAUUUUUUCCGUAUGCGAAGAUUCAGGAUUGCCUUAAUUCAUUUGAUGAGCAGAAGGAGACGAAUUGAUGUAAACGCGAAACUCUUCGUGUCGACAAACAAAGUUUCAUCGACAAUUGAGGUCAAAACAGAUUACUGAAUAGUUAUGUAAACGGAGGACUAAACCUGUAUUAUUAUACUUGUGCAAAUGACAAACGCGUCAUUUAGGACACUGGCACUACUGCAAAGAGUAAAA